CCAAAGGCUGCGGCAAUUGAAACAACGAAGCAGAGAAUUCGAUCCUGGAAACAACGAGCGAGGAACCAAAUUGCUGAUUACAAUUAGAAUGGAAGCGCCGCUUAAUACCCCAAAGAACAAGUACAGUGUAAUCAUUCCUACUUACAAUGAGCGGCUGAACAUUGCUCUCAUCGUCUACCUUAUUUUCAAGCACCUCCGGGACGUCGAUUUUGAAAUUAUAGUUGUGGACGAUGGAAGCCCCGAUGGCACUCAGGAUAUCGUAAAACAGUUGCAGAAAGUUUAUGGAGAGGAUCGGAUUCUAUUAAGAGCCAGGCCUAGUAAGCUGGGUUUAGGAACGGCUUAUAUUCAUGGUUUGAAACAUGCGUCUGGAAAUUUUGUUGUCAUCAUGGAUGCUGAUCUAUCACACCAUCCAAAAUAUCUGCCAAGCUUCAUCAGAAAGCAGUUAGAAACUGGUGCUGAUAUAGUCACCGGAACUCGUUAUGUCAAGGGUGGUGGUGUGCAUGGAUGGAAUCUUAUGCGCAAAUUAACAAGCAGAGGGGCAAAUGUUCUUGCACAAACCUUUUUAUGGCCUGGUGUUUCUGAUCUAACAGGAUCUUUUAGACUUUACAGGAAAUCAGUGCUUGAAGAUAUUAUUAGUUGCUGUGUUAGUAAGGGAUAUGUUUUUCAAAUGGAGAUGAUUGUCCGUGCUUCUAGAAAGGGUUACAAGAUUAAAGAGGUUCCAAUUACUUUCGUUGAUAGAGUAUUUGGGAGUUCGAAGCUUGGUGGAUCAGAGAUCGUUGAAUAUCUAAAAGGCCUUGCCUAUUUAUUAGUCACCACAUGAAAAAUAUAGAAACGAUAAUUCCUGGUAUACUCUGUUCUGUGCUCUGCAGAAGCUGGAUGUAGAUUUUCUAAUUCUAAUUUCUUUUUCGAACGAUCUUUACUUUUCUUUUGAAUCCCGCCAUUCCCUGCGUUAACUGACCUACUGUUAUGGGAACCUUCAUGUUUUUCCCA